AGCAGACCCCAAAAGAAGAUGCGGAUGCUGACCUGGAGAUGCGGAUGCUGACCUGAAGAUGCGCCGGUAGAUGCUCCUCUCCCUGACGCUACUCCUGUGGAGGCUCCGUCGAUAUUUCUGCGACAUGUUCAGCUCGGAAAGACUCACGGUGCCGGACUAUGUCAACCGGCUGCAGAGAGGGAGGAGCGGCUCCGGCUCCGACCACCAGAGACCGGUGUCCCCGGGCAUCAGCGCCGACGUGCAGGUGGCGCUGAGCGUCUCGAUCCCCGCCCUGCGAGCCGCCAUCGGGAGGCUGAGGUCGGCCAAAGAGUCCUGCGAUACGGAGGAGACCCGCCGGGGCAUCGCGGAGAUCUUCCAGCUGGUGGAGGAGUCCUGGGUCCUGCCCUCCGUGGGCCGCCAGGUGGCCGAGGAGAUCUGCAACAGGGUCCGGCUGGAGGGAGGCCUUGAGCUCCUGCUCCAACUCCACCAGACACCUUCUGUGGAGAUCAUCUAUGAGUCUGCAAAACUGCUGGAGCAGAUACUGAUCUCAGACAACAGAGAUUACGUUGCUCGUAUCGGACUGGGGGUUAUCCUAAACCUGACUCGACAGCAUGCAGAUGCCCAGCUUGCUCGCAGCGUCUCUGGGAUCCUGGAGCACAUGUUCAAACACACCGAGGAGACGUCUGUCCACCUCAUCUCCAAUGGCGCCCUGGAUGCCCUUCUCUUCUGGUGCCGGGGCACGGAUCCCACCGUGCUGAGACACUGUGCUGUGGCCCUGGCUAACUGUGCCAUGUACGGGGGACACCGCUGCCAGCGACUGAUGAUCGAAAAACAGGUGGCUGAAUGGCUUUUCCCUCUGGCUUUCUCCAAAGAGGACGAACUUAUUCGGUUCCAUGCAUGCCUGGCUGUGACUGUGUUGGCCGCAAACAAAGAAAUUGAGAAGGAGGUGGUGAAAUCUGGGACCUUGGAGCUGGUGGAGCCGUUCAUUGCUUCCUUGGAUCCUGAUGCCUUUGCCCGCAAUCUAUUGGACAGAGCAGACUGCAUGCAGGGGAGGACAGCAUCUGAUCUGCAGCACUUUCUGCCUUUACUGGAUGGCACAAGACCGGAGGGAAAGUGCAUUGCAGCCUUUUACUUUUGUGUCGAGACCAGCAUCAAGUCUCGUCAGCGCAACACUAAGAUAUUUCAAGAGAUCGGAGCAGUGCAGGGCCUAAAAAGAAUCGCCAUGUACUCCACUAAUGGUACAGCCUGUUCCCUCGCCAAACGGGCACUGAGAAUGAUGAACGAGGAAGUUCCAAAUCGCAUCCUGCCGUGUGUUCCAAACUGGAAAAACUGUGAGGUGCAGAAGUGGCUACAGCAGGUUGGGUUCAGUGCCUACUGUGACCGUUUCAAGGAGAUGCAAGUGGACGGAGACCUCCUGCUGAACAUCACAGACCAGGAUCUGAGCAGUGACCUGGGAAUGACCGCAGGCCUCACUCGAAAAAGAUUUCUGAGGGAUCUGCGUGUAUUGAAAACAUAUGCCAACUACUCCACAUGUGACCCAAACAACAUGGCUGACUGGUUAGUUGAGGUGGACCCUCGCUUCCGUCAGUACACCUACGGUCUGGUCCAGUCAGGCGUGGAUCGCGAUAACUUCCAGAAACUGACCGAUCAGCAGCUACAGUAUGACUGCAACAUCAACAACGGAGUACACAGAGCCAAGGUACUAUCUGCCAGUCGCCAGCCUUCACAGCCCUGCCAUACAGACGCCCAGCCUGCAGGCCCCGACGUGUUCAUAAGCUACCGUCGGACCACCGGCUCCCAGCUGGCCAGCCUUCUGAAGGUUCACCUGCAGGUUCGAGGAUACAGCGUCUUCAUAGAUGUGGAGAAACUGGAGGCCGGGAAAUUUGACGACAAGCUGAUCCAGAGCGUCCAGCGAGCUAGCAACUUCAUCCUGGUCCUGUCGGCCAACGCACUUGACAAGUGCAUGGGGGAUACUGACAUGAAGGAUUGGGUGCAUAAGGAGAUAGUCACGGCCUUGGCUGGAAAGAAGACCAUAAUCCCUGUCAUAGAUAAUUUUGCAUGGCCAGAUGCCAUGUCUCUGCCAGAGGACAUGAGAUCGGUUCUCAAAUUCAAUGGUGUCAAAUGGUCCCACGAGUAUCAGGAGGCCUCCGUCGAGAAGAUCCUUCGCUUUCUGAAAGGAUGCACGGACCAAAUCGACGGCCCAGACACCUCCAAAGAGCAGAACAAUAAAUAAACUGACAUAAACGCAGCUAUAAUAAAUUUCAAUGAUGCCAAAUUCCACAUGGCCCAGGGUGAACUGGUC